AUGGGAAGGCCGCUGAGAUCCGGCGUAGAUGGCUUCAACGCCUGCGAGCUGAACUUUGGCAAGACCUGCGCGGACGCAGUCUUCAACCGCGACUUUCUCAUGAUGACCAAGUCGGUGAAUUUGUCUAGAGCGACCGCUGCCCACGACCACGCGGUAUGCCUGCACAACGGCUGGCUCAAUGCGAGUGUCCGUGCCUUGCAACAUGACUUCGAUGGCUUGAAGGGUGCGGCCAAAAGCUUCUGCGAUCAGGAGAUGAGCUUCAGCGCCAGCUUCGCGGACUACUUGGUCCGCUUCCUGCGCUCGCGGCCCUGGCACCCCGGUGCCGUACCCUCCGCAGAGGACGCGCGGUGGCUGGGGCGCUUCUCUUGCCUCAUGGGCACUGCAGCCUGCGACAUGGCGCACUGCGCCUAUAGCUUUUGUGAGGCAGAUGGGAAGUUCGGGCUCUACGAAGAAUGCGAUGGCUGGGACCCAGUAAAGGGCAUGCCGCAUGCGUAG